UAGCUAAAUAAAGUAACAUGGCUGAUCAAUCUCUUCAUUUCAAACUUGUUCUUCUUGGAGAUACUGCUGUCGGAAAAUCAUGCCUUGUUGUCCGCUUUGUGCGUGAUGAGUUUUUCCCUUUCCAGGAGCCUACUAUCGGCGCUGCUUUCCUUACGCAGACAGUGAACGUAGAUAAUGUUACCAUUAAGUUCGAGAUCUGGGAUACUGCUGGUCAGGAACGAUACCGCAGUCUUGCUCCUAUGUACUACCGUGGCGCUGCUGCUGCUAUCGUAGUGUACGAUAUUACGAGCCGAGAGUCCUUCAAUGGCGCUAAGACCUGGGUGAAGGAACUGCAGAGACGCGGUGAUCCCAAUGUUGUGAUUGCUCUUGCUGGAAACAAGUGUGAUUUGGAGGAAAACCGUCAGAUUCCUCGCGAAGAGGCCGAGGAGUAUGCAGUGGAGAACGGUCUGCUGUUCAUGGAGACGUCUGCGAAGAUGGCUCUGAAUGUCCGCGAGAUCUUUGAGUCCAUCGGCCAUAAGCUUCCGAAGGGAGCUCCGGUGCAGGAGAAGACGGACGCCUUCGUGAUUGCACCUCCUCAGCAGAGCGAGAAGAAGAAGUGCGACUGUUAACUUGUUUGAAUGUUUCGUUAAUUAUGUUUCUCUAUGGCUCCGCUGCUACUCUCGUUGCUUGUAGAUAGAAAGAAU